UUGUCUCUCUUUUUGGUUUUGGACCGUUUCAAUAUGAAAGAAGUUUACAGCUUGAGAACCCUACUGGUUCUUGAGAAUAUGAAAGUAAUUUGGUGGAAAUUUCUGUGGAUACAAGCAUGACUGCACCACAAGCUGCUGGUGUCAUUCAUUCUGACUUUGAGAAAGGUUUUAUUAGAGGUGAGACUCUGAGAUCAGAGGGUAAAGAGUACAUAGUUAAAGAAGGAGAUGUGAUGCUUUUCCACAAGCUACAGCUGAUACUUCAAAUACUUUGUGUGUGGGUUCAGUUUGAUGCUGCUUGGGCAUUGACAAACAUUGCUUCUGGGACUUCAGAGAAUACAAAGGUGGUCAUUGAACAUGGUGCUGUUCCUGAGGAGGUAAGUCCAUAAUUUAAUCUCAGUGCUUUUUGCACUCUUUCCGUAGUACAUGUCUGGAUCAUGAGAUUCUUGUAGUGUUAAGACCACCCAAUGAGCACCAGAUUACUCACAAUAUGACAAUAAACAAUGAAAGGGGGUAUAAAAUUGAAUUGACUCU